ACAUCUAACAGCUUCACACCGCCUACAUGCCUAUGUUAUAACCCCAAAUAAUUAGGUACCACAUUUUGUCAAUAAAAAUAAAUAAAAUGGCAUUAUUAUUGCGACAAUUUCUCACCAAACAAUUAAAACCUGCAAUAACCCUAAGACUAUCUGCAAAUCAACUUAGAACAAAUUCAUCAGCACCAUCAAAUGGAGAUAAUGCCCAACCAGAUCCAGAUGCACCAAUUUUCAACAUGCCAAAUCCUUUCACAAAAGAAGUACAGAAGUGUAUUCUAUGUGAGCAGGGAGUAGAAGUAAACUACAAGAAUGUGAAACUUCUUUCACAGUUUCAAUCAUCUUACACAGGAAGAAUAUAUGGCAGACAUAUAACAGGCUUGUGUAAAGCACAACAAGAAAGAGUUGAAAAAGAGAUUGUUAAGGCUCAAAGUGCAGGACUUAUGGGUUAUUAUUACAAGGAUCCACACUUUUUGCGUGAUCCGGAAUUAUUUGAUCCAGAGCGACCCAUUAGACCUCAUAGGUUCUAAGAAUUAUCGAAAUAAUCAUUAACAAUUUGUAAUUUAAAUAAAAUAGUGAAAUAUA